AGCACAACAUUUAUCUGUUUCACUUUUGGUAAUUACAAAGAUCCAUUUUCUUUCGUCUCCCCUAAAAGGCAUUUAGAAACUAAAAAGAGAAUGAGUUUGACUCUUAAGCUAAUAACUCUGCUUCUACUUGCCUUGAGUCACCAUGCUGAAUCUGGCUCCAUCGUUAAGUUCCUUCCGGGGUUUGAAGGCCCUCUUCCUUUCGAACUUGAAACCGGAUACAUUGGUGUUGGUGACCUACAAAUGUUUUACUAUUUCAUUGAGUCUGAGAAUAAUCCGCAAGAGGACCCUCUUCUUAUUUGGUUAACAGGAGGACCGGGAUGUUCUUCUCUUUUCGCCAUUCUUUUUGAGAACGGUGAAUUUAUAAUAUUAUUUUAUUUUCUUUUUCUCAAAGCAUUAUUUUUCAGUGAUGAAGUGGGAAAAAUAAAUACAUGUUUAGGGCCUUUGGCUUUGAAGUUCGAGGUUUUUAAUGGAAGUCUCCCUUCUUUGGCCUCUACGACAUAUUCAUGGACAAAGAUGGCCAACAUAAUAUUUUUGGACCAGCCUGUUGGAGCUGGCUUCUCAUACUCAAGAACUCCACUUCUUAAUAAAGUUAGUGAUACAGGUGAAAUUAAUGUCAUCCAUGAGUUUCUACGAAAGUGGUUAAGCAAACAUCCAGAGUUUUACUCCAACCCAUUUUACGUUGCCGGAGAUUCUUAUUCUGGUAAGAUUGUUCCGCCACUCGUACAAGAAAUCUCAAGAGGAAAUUAUAUGUGUUGCAAACCUCCAAUAAAUAUUCAGGGGUAUGUUCUCGGAAACCCUUUAACAGAUAUUAAGUUCGACCACAACUAUAAUAUUCCAUUUGCUCAUGGAAUGGCAUUAAUCUCGGAUGAACUCUAUGAGUCACUGAAAAGAAUCUGCAAAGGAGAUUACUCGAAUGUGGAUUCACGGAACACAGAAUGCUUAAAGCUCAUUAAAAUUUACAAUAAGUGUAUUGACAAACUAAACAUAUACCAUAUAUUAUUACCAGAUUGUGAAAUGACAUCUUCUCAUUGCUUUCUAUAUAAGUACUUUCUCCUUAGCAAGUGGGCCAACAACAACAAAGUUCGCAGAGCUCUUCAAGUCACUAAGGGGAGUAUAGAUAAAUGGAGGCGAUGUAAUUAUGAUGUCAUUCAGUAUAAGUACGACAUUCAAAGCACCAUACCAUACCAUGUGAAUAACAGCAUUAGUGGCUUUCGAUCUCUUAUCUACAGUGGUGAUCAUGAUAUGGUAGUGCCUUUCGUUGCAACUCAAGCAUGGAUAAGGUCUCUCAAUUACUCCAUCGUUGAUGACUGGAGGCCUUGGAUGGUCAACUAUCAGAUCGCUGGAUAUACGAGAAGUUAUGCCAAUAAGAUGACAUUUGCUACUAUCAAAGCAAGUGUUCUCGUGUCGACUUAACAUUUUUGAAUUCACCUGUAUAAUUUUCAUUACAAUGAAUUGUUUAAAAAUUGUUGAACUUUUACAUUACAGGGAGGUGGACACACGGCAGAAUAUAAACCAAACGAGACAUUCGUCAUGUUCCAAAGGUGGAUAAGUGGCCAGCCUUUGUAAUAGAGGCUCAUGGCCUAAGGGUUUAUGAUUAUAGAAUAUAUACGUAUGUAACAUAACCAAUCUGGCUUUUAGGAUUUGAAAAUUCAAACUUUACCUCAUCCAUAUAUUAUAUACUUUAUUUACGAAAACAAAUAUGUAGUAUUAUUAAAUAGGGAGUUUAA